AUGUUACAAUAUACGAUCUUGAUUUUUCUAAUAUUCAUAGAAUACUGUACUGCAAACAUCCACCCCAUAAUCAUCCAUGGCCACUACUUUAUAGAUAGUAUCACCAAAGAACCAUUCUACAUCAAAGGUAUAGACUACCAACCAGGCGGAUCUUCUGCAGUCUCAGAAACCACCGACCCCUUAUCGGACCCGGCUAAAUGUGCUAGAGAUAUAAUUCUAUUUCAAGAGUUGGGCGUUAACACUAUUCGUAUUUAUUCAAUAAAUGCACACCUAAACCACGAUAAAUGCAUGACCAUGUUGGCCAAAGCGGGAAUAUACUUGUUCUUGGAUGUAAACUCACCAUUGCCACACCACCACCUAAAUCGGUACGAGCCGUGGAAUUCAUACAAUUUGUACUACUUUGAAAACGUCUUUAAAGUGGUAGAACAGUUUUCCCACUAUAAUAACACAUUAGGAUUUAUUGCUGGGAACGAAAUUGUCAACGACCCCAUUUCCGCCAGUGUUGCUGCCCCAUACGUAAAAGCAGUAGUCCGCGAAAUCAAAAGCUAUAUUGAAUACAAUGCUCCAAGAACCAUUCCUGUUGGCUAUUCAGCGGCCGAUGACUUGAACUACCGCAUGCCACUAGCACAGUACUUGGAGUGCGGCGACGAUAACCCCAAAGAGUCUGUCGACUUUUAUGGCGUCAACUCCUAUCAGUGGUGCGGCGACCAAACGUUCUAUAGCAGCGGAUACAACAUCUUGGUCAAUGAUUACAAGCACUUUACCAAACCAAUGUUCUUUUCGGAAUACGGGUGCAACGAGGUGUUGCCGCGAAAUUUUGAUGAAGUCCCCGUGUUGUACACAAACGAUAUGAUCGACGUUUUCAGUGGCGGAUUGGUAUAUGAAUUUACCCAGGAACCAAACAAUUACGGUCUAGUCAAAAUAUUGUCCAAUGGCGACGUCAAGGUAUUGCGGGACUUUAUCCAGUUGAAAAAUAAAUUUGACACACUACCAGAGCUAGACUAUAACUAUAUCAUCCAAUCAAUGAAGGAAAAUGCCAACAAUAUCCAAACGAAAUUGAAAAACUUUAAAACGUCAAUCCCAAAAUGUGAGUUACUGUACCCAAAUCUCGACAUUUCCAAAGGCGUGCCACCAUCCAUUGCUCAGACAUUGAUUGAAACUGGCGUUGAUGCUAGGCGCGGGGAAUACGUCUCCCUAUCCAACGACGACAUAACAACAAAGUACCAGUUCUUCCAAGAAAGUGGCGAAAAACUAAACAUUGUCAACAGAAUUGAAACAUUGGCGGAUGAGGAGGCGCCGCUAGAAAACCGACAAGAACCAGUAGAAGCACCACCAGAACUUCCUCCACCAACCACCAACCCUUUUGUGGAUUUCAUUCACAAAGUACUAGACCCUUUCAAAACUUUCUGUGCUAACUUGUUUAAUUAA